GGACAUAGGAUGACCCCAGCCUGUCCCCUCUUACUGUCUGUGAUUCUGUCCCUGCGCCUGGCCGCCGCCUUCGACCCCGCCCCCAGUGCCUGCUCUGCCCUGGCCUCGGGUGUGCUCUACGGGGCCUUCUCGCUGCAGGACCUCUUUCCCACCAUCGCCUCGGGCUGCUCCUGGACCCUGGAGAACCCUGACCCCACCAAGUACUCCCUCUACCUGCGCUUCAACCGCCAGGAGCAGGUGUGCGCACACUUUGCCCCCCGCCUGCUGCCCCUGGACCACUACCUGGUCAACUUUACCUGCCUGCGGCCUAGCCCCGAGGAGGCGGUGGCCCAGGUGGAGUCGGAGGUGGGGCGGCCGGAGGAGGAGGAGGCGGAGGCGGCAGCGGGGUUGGAGCUGUGUGGCGGCUCGGGCCCCUUUACCUUCCUGCACUUCGACAAGAACUUCGUGCAGCUGUGCCUGUCGGCUGAACCCUCAGAGGCCCCGCGCCUGCUGGCGCCUGCGGCCCUGGCCUUCCGCUUUGUCGAGGUCUUGCUCAUCAACAACAACAACUCCAGCCAGUUCACCUGUGGUGUGCUCUGCCGCUGGAGUGAGGAGUGUGGCCGCGCUGCUGGCAGGGCCUGUGGCUUUGCCCAGCCGGGCUGCAGCUGCCCUGGUGAGGCGGGGACUGGCUCCACCACCACCACGCCUCCAGGCCCUCCUGCUGCCCACACCCUGUCCAAUGCCCUGGUGCCCGGGGGCCCAGCCCCACCUGCCGAGGCCGAUUUGCACUCGGGGAGCAGCAAUGAUCUGUUCACAACCGAGAUGAGAUAUGGUGAGGAGCCGGAAGAGGAACCAAAGGUGAAAACCCAGUGGCCGAGGUCUGCAGAUGAGCCUGGGUUAUACAUGGCGCAGACAGGCGACCCAGCGGCUGAGGAGUGGUCCCCGUGGAGCGUGUGUUCCCUGACGUGUGGGCAGGGUCUGCAGGUGCGGACCCGCUCCUGCGUGUCCUCCCCCUAUGGGACCCUGUGCAGCGGGCCCCUGCGGGAGACCCGGCCCUGCAACAAUUCAGCCACCUGCCCAGUGCACGGCGUGUGGGAGGAGUGGGGGUCCUGGAGCCUGUGCUCCCGCAGCUGCGGGCGCGGGUCCCGGAGCCGGAUGCGGACCUGCGUGCCCCCCCAGCACGGCGGCAAGGCCUGCGAGGGUCCCGAGCUGCAGACUAAGCUCUGCAGUAUGGCCGCCUGCCCGGUGGAAGGCCAGUGGCUAGAAUGGGGUCCCUGGGGCCCAUGUUCCACAUCCUGUGCCAACGGGACCCAGCAGCGCAGCCGGAAGUGCAGCAUAGCGGGCCCAGCCUGGGCCACGUGCACGGGUGCCCUCACCGACACCCGGGAGUGCAGCAACCUCGAGUGCCCAGCUGCUGAUGGCAAGUGGGGGCCGUGGAACGCAUGGAGCCUGUGCUCCAAGACAUGUGAUACGGGCUGGCAGCGCCGCUUCCGCAUGUGCCAGGCCACAGGUACACAGGGCUACCCUUGCGAGGGCACCGGUGAGGAGGUGAAGUCCUGCAGUGAGAAGAGGUGUCCAGCCUUCCAUGAGAUGUGCAGGGACGAGUACGUGAUGCUGAUGACGUGGAAAAAGGCGGCUGCUGGCGAGAUCAUCUACAACAAGUGCCCCCCGAAUGCCUCAGGGUCUGCCAGCCGCCGCUGUCUCCUCAGCGCCCAGGGUGUGGCGUACUGGGGACUGCCCAGCUUUGCCCGCUGCAUCUCCCACGAGUACCGCUACCUUUAUCUGUCACUUCGGGAGCACCUGGCCAAGGGGCAGCGCAUGCUGGCCGGUGAGGGCAUGUCACAGGUGGUGCGCAGCCUGCAGGAGCUGCUGGCCCGGCGCACCUACUACAGCGGAGAUCUGCUCUUCUCCGUGGACAUUCUAAGGAAUGUCACUGACACCUUUAAGAGGGCCACCUAUGUGCCCUCGGCUGAUGAUGUGCAGCGCUUCUUCCAGGUGGUGAGCUUCAUGGUGGACGCAGAGAACAAGGAGAAGUGGGACGACGCUCAGCAGGUGUCCCCUGGCUCUGUGCACCUGCUCCGUGUCGUGGAGGACUUCAUUCACCUGGUGGGCGAUGCUCUGAAGGCCUUCCAGAGCUCUCUGAUUGUCACGGACAAUCUGGUGAUCAGCAUUCAGCGCGAGCCUGUCUCGGCCGUGUCCAGCGACAUCACGUUCCCCAUGCGGGGCCGCCGGGGCAUGAAGGACUGGGUGCGGCACUCGGAGGACCGCCUCUUCCUACCCAAGGAGGUGCUCAGCCUCUCCUCCCCUGGGAAGGCAGCUGCAUCCACUGUCGCGGGCAGCACUGGCAGGGGGAGGGGCCCAGGAACGGUGGCCCCUGGCCCAGGCCACUCCCACCAGCGCCUGCUCCCAGCAGACCCAGAUGAGUCCUCCUACUUUGUGAUCGGGGCUGUGCUCUACCGCACCCUUGGCCUCAUCCUGCCACCCCCCAGGCCCCCGCUGGCCGUUGCGUCCCGAGUGAUGACAGUGACAGUGCGGCCCCCCACCCAGCCUCCAGCUGAGCCCCUCAUCACAGUGGAGCUCUCCUACAUCAUCAAUGGCACCACGGAUCCCCACUGCGCCAGCUGGGACUACUCCAGAGCAGAUGCCAGCUCAGGGGACUGGGACACUGAGAGCUGCCAGACCCUGGAGACCCAGGCAGCUCACACCCGCUGCCAGUGCCAGCACCUGUCCACCUUUGCUGUGCUGGCCCAGCCACCCAAGGACCUGACCCUGGAGCUGGCGGGCUCCCCCUCGGUGCCCCUGGUGAUCGGCUGCGCGGUGUCCUGCAUGGCGCUGCUCACCCUGCUCGCCAUCUAUGCCGCCUUCUGGAGGUUCAUAAAGUCUGAACGCUCCAUCAUCCUGCUGAACUUCUGCCUGUCCAUCCUGGCAUCCAACAUCCUGAUCCUCGUGGGCCAGUCCCGGGUGCUGAGCAAGGGCGUAUGCACCAUGACGGCUGCCUUCCUGCACUUCUUCUUUCUCUCCUCCUUUUGCUGGGUGCUUACCGAGGCCUGGCAGUCCUACCUGGCUGUCAUUGGGCGGAUGCGCACCCGCCUCGUUCGCAAGCGCUUCCUCUGCCUGGGCUGGGGUCUGCCUGCCCUGGUGGUGGCCGUGUCUGUCGGCUUUACCCGAACCAAAGGAUACGGUACAUCCAGCUACUGCUGGCUCUCCCUGGAGGGCGGCCUGCUCUACGCCUUUGUGGGCCCUGCAGCUGUCAUAGUCCUGGUGAACAUGCUCAUCGGAAUCAUCGUCUUCAACAAGCUCAUGGCACGUGAUGGCAUCUCCGACAAAUCCAAGAAGCAGAGGGCCGGGGCCUCACUCUGGAGCUCCUGCGUGGUGCUGCCCCUGCUGGCGCUCACCUGGAUGUCUGCUGUCCUGGCCAUGACAGACCGCCGCUCCGUCCUCUUCCAGGCCCUCUUUGCUGUCUUCAACUCUGCGCAGGGCUUUGUCAUCACCGCUGUGCACUGCUUCCUGCGCCGAGAGGUCCAGGAUGUGGUGAAGUGCCAGAUGGGCGUAUGUCGGGCCGAUGAGAGCGAAGACUCCCCCGACUCGUGCAAGAAUGGGCAGCUGCAGAUCCUGUCAGACUUUGAAAAGGACGUGGAUCUGGCUUGUCAAACAGUUCUGUUCAAGGAGGUCAACACUUGCAACCCGUCCACCAUCACGGGCACACUCUCCCGCCUGUCCCUGGACGAGGACGAGGAGCCCAAGUCCUGCCUCGUGGGUCCUGAGGGCGGCCUCAGCUUCUCGCCGCUGCCUGGGAACAUCCUGGUGCCCAUGGCAGCCUCGCCAGGGCUGGGGGAGCCGCCGCCCCCUCAGGAGGCCAACCCCGUGUACAUGUGUGGGGAGGGCGGCCUCCGGCAGCUGGACCUCACAUGGCUGCGGCCCACCGAGCCGGGCUCCGAGGGGGACUACAUGGUGCUGCCCCGGCGGACUUUGAGCCUGCAGCCUGGCGGUGGGGGCGGAGGGGGUGAGGAUGCCCCAAGGGCCCGGCCUGAGGGGACCCCUCGGCGGGCUGCCAAGACACUGGCCCACCCUGAAGGCUACCCCAGCUUCCUGUCCGUGGAGCACUCGGGCCUGGGGCUGGGCCCUGCCUAUGGAUCGCUACAGAACCCCUAUGGGAUGACCUUCCAACCGCCACCGCCGACACCCAGCGCCCGCCAAGUGCCUGAGCCGGGGGAGCGCAGCCGGACCAUGCCCCGCACGGUGCCCGGCUCUACCAUGAAGCUGGGCUCCCUGGAGCGAAAGAAGUUACGGUAUUCAGACCUGGACUUUGAGGUGAUGCACACCCGGAAACGGCACUCAGAACUCUACCACGAGCUCAACCAGAAGUUCCACACUUUCGACCGCUACCGCAGCCAGUCCACGGCCAAGAGGGAGAAGCGGUGGAGUGUGUCCUCGGGUGGGGCGGCCGAACGAAGCGUGUGCAGCGAGAAGCCCAGCCCUGGGGAGCGUCCUGGCAUGACCCAACAUCGGCGACAUCAGAGCUGGAGCACUUUCAAAUCUAUGACACUGGGCUCACUGCCCCCUAAGCCCCGAGAGCGGCUGGCUCUGCACCGGGCCACAGCCUGGGAGCCCACAGAACCACCAGAUGGCGACUUCCAGACCGAGGUGUGAGUGCCACGCUGGACUGCCCACUGCAUAUAAAUAUAUAUAUCUCUCUAUUUUCACACUCCACUUUGGAACCACCCAGGAGCCAGCGCCCCCUCCCCUCUCCUGAGGGCUGGGCAGGGAGGCGCCGUGGACUCUGCCAGGCUGGGGGAGCCAGACACGGCGUGGCCUGGGGGUCCAGGCCCCUUCGUUGUUCCUCAGAGGCCCCUCAGCCACGGGAGCCCCAUCUUC